UUUUCAAAUAACAGUCAAGCUGAGGCUUGGUAACAGCGGGCUGCAGGGAGGGAAGGGAAAGAGUUAGAGGCAGACGGCAAGCUAAACUCACCCUCCACACUUUUAGCAGGGAAAGUCGUGAAGAUAAACAAAGAGAGAGGGGAAGACAGGAAGAGAAAAUGGGAAAGGGGCAGAAAGGUUCCUUAGGCGAGAAGAAAGGCAAGAGGAUGAGAGAUGACAGUCCAGCACAAGAAGACGGCAAAAAGUGUAGAGUUUUCCGUUUCCCUCUGCUUGUUGCUCUGCUGCAGCUGCUUUUUGGGGUGGCUGUUGCUGCCGUGGCCUUCCUCAUGGCGGCCAUUAGUCCUUCACUUUUGGCCAGAGAGACUCCACACUGGGCUGGGAUCAUUCUCUGCUUGGUUUCACUCGUGGGCUUCAUCCUGUAUUGCAUCAACUACCUGCCAGAUGAGAAGACUUCCAUGCAGUUUGUUGUAAAGCUCCUCUACUUCAUCCUCUGCACCACCGGUCUGGUCAUUUCCGUGUUGGCUGUGGCAUUUGCCGGACACCACCACUCACAGUCCAGCAGCUUCACCUGUAAGCAGAUGGGAGAAGCCUGCGUGUGCGUUCAGGAUCCUAAUGACCCCAUAGCUCGCACCUUCACCUAUGAGGGGGUGAGUGACUGUGAGGCAAUUACGGGGACACUAAGAUUCUACUUCCUGCUCCAAAUCCUGCUGAACCUGGUCCAGGCGCUCGUCUGCGCUGUUGGCACCUUCAUCAUGUGGAGGCACCGCUACCAGGUCUUCUUCUCAGGUCUUCAGAUCGCAUCUCCUUCCCCUGAGCUGUGGCAAAAGGUUUAAGGCGAUGAAGAUGGAGGUGAUGUGAACUCUGGUUUUCCAGAUCAUAAUGAAGGAAAUAGUGUAAAAAAUCCCUGAUGGACAGGAACCCUUUUGUAUUCCCGCAUGUUCUUUUUUUUUUCUUUCUUUUUUUGCUUAACAGAAUCACCACCAAGUGUUUUAGCAAAGUGUUCAAUCAUAGAUCCUUUCUUCAUAGGAGUAAAACAAUCAUGUUUUUUCCAAUUAUUUUGUUGAACAGUUAAAGUUAAAUGCACUUUUUAUCAAUUGCAAAUGGAAAUAGCUGAAAACGUUUACAAAUAUUCAAUAUUUAUGCCAAAAAUAUUGUGAAAAAAAUACAUCUUUAUUCAUAAUUCAUAAUAUGCAUGUGUUCCCAUACAUUUGCUCCUCUAAAUGAGUCAUAUUAAGUAAAUUAAUUUUUUUCAAACUUAAAAGUCAACUUGGUCUUUUCUGACAAGUUCUUUGAGCUUUCAGACGCUGACAUUUACUGAUUAGCGUUUGGUAGCAUAAAUGAAGCCUUUGGGUAGACCACAGAGUCACUGUGUUCAGGCAAUGAUUUGCAUAAUAAUGUAAAUGAUUUGUCAGAUAUUUGCUCACUGAUUAAGACGCUCAAUGAUAACUGCUUGAAUGAAAGGGUCAAACUGCCACAGAGGUCUGCUACGUUUCCUAUCGUGUAAUUUUAUAAACUGAUCUCACCCACGGGCUUCGAGGUAAAUAAUGUCAGAAUCAAAUUACACUGAAACUGUUUGUUGUCUUUACAAUAAAAAUUCAGUCAUGAAUAACAACUGCUUUGUUCAA